AUGGCGGCCGCCGGAGCAGCGCUGCGGCUGCGCCUCCUGUACCGGAUGCUGCGCGUGGGGGAGCUCCUCGCGCUGGUGGCGUUCCUCUCCUGGUCGUCGUCCCGCGUGCCGUCCGCCGCCGCCGCCGUGCUCCGGUUCGCGGGGUCGCUCCUCCUCAACGCCCGCUUCGUCUUCGUCCUCGGGAACGCCAUCGUGCUCCUCCUCCUCGCGCUGUCGCGGCACGACCUCUCCGCAGCCUCCUCUUCCAGCGGCCAGCAGACGAGCACGGCGGCGACGAGCACGACCGCCGCCGCCGCGCCACCGCAGGAUGCCGCGCCGGCUGCCACCACCGCCGGCUUUCCUUCCUCGUUCGACGGUACUCCUAUACCUCCACCGCCUCCCGCAACCUCGCUGGAGGCCUUCAGCGCGCUGCCGGCGGCUCCAGCGAGGGAGGUAGCAGCGGCAGCGGCAGCGCCGGCGGACGCGGCCACGGCGUUCGAGUUCGACGACAGGCCACCGGCGGCGCGGGUGAGCAAGCUGGCGCGCGCCCCGAGGCGGAGCAGAUCGGAGAAGAUGGGCCCGCGGGUGCUGCAGGUGAGGCGCGCGGCGUCCCCGCCGGCGGCGCCGCUGGAGCUGCGGCGGUCCGAGUCGGAGAACGGGCGGCGGCGGUCGUCCGUGUCGGCGCGCGACGCGCGGGGCUACUGCUGGGGCGCGGACGACGCGGACGAGUUCCGUCGCACGGUGGAGGCGUUCAUCGACAAGCACAAGCGGUUCCACCGCCAGGAGUCCAUGACGAUGGCCGUCGUCGCCGGCUCCGGCUCCGGGGGCGGCGGACACUGCGAGGCCGCCCCGGCCUUCACCGGCGCCCUCGCCGUCGUCGAAUAA